AGAGAUUUUCAAAAAAAAAACUUCUGCCAGAUUUCUCUCUUCUCCCAAUUGUUUAUUCAAGCUCUGUUUAAUAUUAUAAACUAGUGUCAUGUAGCCACCGCCACCACCCCUUUUUAACCCAGUAAAUGCCGUGUUUUAGGUGCUGUGUAGAUGGGCCCUGGGAAACCAGGAUUCAAAUCCCUGCUCAGCCAUGAAAACCACUGGAUGAUCUUGGAUGUCUCCCAUCUGCUCUCCAUCUUGAUCUGCUUCAAAGGAAGAUGUGAGGAUGUCGGGGGACCAUUUCCCGGGACUAACAGGUACAACAGGAAGUUUCCUCAGGCCUCUCACGUGCCAACAGGACAUCUCAUACAGGAAAAUCUGUGGAAGUGCAGCUGAACAGUUCUACCCUAACCAGUGCCACCUGAAAAACUGCUGUUAUAGCAACCUUACCUGCUACCACCAUGCUAUUGAUGCUCACCUACAACGCCGGAAUGCAGGGAUCAUUGCUGGACUCGCUGUCGCCUUUGUCAUCUUCAGCACAAUCGUCUUCUUAUUGUGUAAAUUUAAGGCCUACGUAAGGAAGGAAAGUGAGAAGGAGGCUCUUGGUAAAGAGAGUGAAAUGGCUGAUUUUACAGUAAGACUCCUGGAUGAAGAAGGCGAUUACAGAAGGCCUGAAUCGAUGGCAUAUUCUUGGCCUGAGGAAGGCUAUUACCAACAACCUAGCUGGAUGCCAGGAUCGCAAGAGCUACUAACAGGAGUGGAUCGGUCAGCAUGGAAACCAGGUCCUGGACCAGUGCAACCGCUGGGAGUGCCAGGAAUGAUGAUGCCAGGACCACCACCAGUGCCAUCACUAGCACCCCCACCGGCACCACAACCAGGGCCAGCCCCAGCCCCUGUUCCAAUAGGGGCACCAGCUCCGGCUUCACCAACAGUUCCACGUAUGUCAUCAGGCCCAGCUGCGGCCUCUUUGGCAGCCCCGGCACCAGCAACAGUACCACGCAUUGCAUCAGGACCAGCUGCGGCCUCUUUGGCAGCCCCGGCACCAGCAACAGUACCACGCAUUGCAUCAGGACCAGCUGCAGCCUCUUUGGCAGCCCCAGCAGCAGCAACGGUUCCACGUAUGGCAUCAGGACCAGCUGCAGCCUCAUUGGCAGCCCCGGCACCAGGAGUGCCAGACCCAGCAGCUCCAGCAGCCCCAGGCCCAGCAGCACCAGGUCCGGCAGCGCCAGGCCCAGAAGCCCCAGGCCCAUCAGGAAUGCCACCAGCAACAACACCGCCACCUGAAUCAGCUCCCCCUGGAGCUUCGGCAGCCUCCCCGCCACCAGCAUCAACAGCACCUUCUCCCACUAUGCCAUCGGAAUCGGUUUCACAACCAGGGUCUUUAUCACCUCCAAGUGUCUCUUCUACUGUGAAGUCAACAGCUUCACUUCCAAGGCCAGCACCCCCUGCACCCCCACCAUAACACUCCAGUGUGGCAACCCCACAUAACCACAUGUAUUAAUAAAAGAGUUUAGUUUUCCUCCUCUUCA